UACAAUUUGCUAGCCUUUGCAAUGAAGCUGGCAAUGAGAACUAACUCGUUCAUGAGGGUUCCCGACCGAGUCCACACCCAGGAGUGAGUAAAUAUUGGUCUUGACACAUAGGAUUGCCACUGUGAGCGCGACUAACAUUAUAGGGUCCAUCACAGAACGCCACUUAGUGAUGUUGCUGAUGCAAACUCUCGGACUAUCUCCCGGGUACCGCUCACUCGUAGCCAUUUUCUCGACGCAUACUCCAAGGGCAAGUGGAACCUAUCCAGCGUGCCGUGCCCGCCGUGCUUGGAGCAGUCUGUCGGAUUGAUGCGCGCACCGGAGAGCUAUAAUGAGGUUUCGCGGCGGAAGUCCGUGGAACAGUAUUCGUACUUGCCCCAAUGGCAGGACAGCGAUAAGUUCAGACACAUCGUUCAGGAGGCAGCCCGCACAUUUGAGAUGCGGGGAUGCACCAUCUCGCUCAUUGACCAGGCCAAACAGCUUGUGAAAUACAGCCACGGCUGGGAUACCAAGGAAUGCCCCAGAAAGCUCUCCAUCGACGGGCACGCCAUCUUGUCACUGGGCUACUUUGUGCUUCUUGACGCGUCCAAGGACUGGCGCACGGAAAAUAAUCCGUUUGUUAAAGGGGUACCUGGGAUCCGAUUCUACGCCGCAGUGCCAUUGGUGCUGAAGAAUAACAACGUAAUUGGCGCGUUUGCGGUGUUUGACCAUCUCGCGCGCGUCAGCUUUACGGAAGAGAAAAUCCGUGCAUUGCAAUUGAUGGCAAGGGAUGUGAUGGAGAUCUUGAAUACUCCCAUCACCAAGGAGCAGUUGACGCGCGCGCAUGAUGCACGCAUGGGCCAGAGUGUAGCUCAUCGCAUUGGUCGCGCUACCGCGCGCGGUGACUUCUUCACGACACCCAUCUUUGAGAAGGACGGCUCCGGUGGACCCUACAACCAGAAUCACAACUUUCGACUCGGCAAGUGUGCAGACGCGGUAUCAUACGCUGACCAGGAUGUCUGGCGCGCGGUCUACAACGCGCAUGACGUCAAGGCUGCGUCCGCUACUCUCUGCAAGCUCCUUAUUGCGAAGAAGAGUUUGGAUCUUGUCUACAUCAUGGAGAUUCGUAUUGUGGAACCGUUCCAGAUCUUGGGAGAAUACUUUCCGCCGGAAAACAAGAUCGACGCGGAAAACUACCGCUAUGCCACGAAGCUCGUGCGGACCGGUACCGAAGACGUCACCACGCGCAUUCUCGGCAUCGUGGGGCCCCACUCGACGUUGGCUAAAACGGAGAUGGCGCUCCACUGCAAGGCGUUUUCGUCCGAGUUCGGUUGCCUCUACCGCAGCAAGGCGCGCGAUGUACGGUACCAUUCCGGUAUUGAAAUGCCCUUCUACCGCCACGCCGCAAAACUUGUGCGCGAGAAGCGCAUCUUGAAAGGUCAGCCGCAGCCGACCGAAAAGAUGGUGCUGGUGUACCACAAGUCCGGGGGCUAUUUGAUUGGGGCUUUCAGCGAGCACGAUGCACAUUUCUCGGAAGAGACGAUCAAUAUGAUGUUUACCAGCGCAAGCAUGUUACGGACAAUUUACUUUUCCAGUCUUGAUUAGGCGAGGGAGGGUUGGGGUUGAAAUAUCGUCUUGGCCUGUUACAUAGAUAGAGUUGGAUUAGGGGACUGAGUCGUAUUUUAACUUUGAGUGUAGGGUAUGAGACCUGAUGGGCCUGAAUGUCAAGUACGUAGAAGAAAUAUCAUCCUACCUCCGAAUUUGUGGUUUGGCAGCAUGCCCAAUUGUAGGUCUCAACCGAAGCGUUGAGCUCGAAAUUCAAUCCAUAAAUCCGACCAAGUAAAUACUCCCCUCACUAGGGUGUUUCAAAGAGCCGAGUAAACAUGUUAUUUUUGCCGGUGUUAUUUCUUGUCAUCU